GCUCCUUCGUCUUCUCCAGCUCCCCCUUCGUUCAAUUCCUUCCUCCGUUCGUUGGACGCUUGGACGAUACGCGCUAACACGCACCCGGAAGCUUCUGCGCCGGCGGCAUGGCGGCCGCGUCGUCGUCGGCGGGGCAGAGGGGGGCGGCGCCGACGCCGUUCCUGGCCAAGACGUACCAGCUGGUGGACGACCCGGCGGUGGACGACGUGAUAUCGUGGGGCGAGGGCGGGGCGACGUUCGUGGUGUGGCGGCCAGCCGAGUUCGCCAGGGACAUCCUCCCCAGCUGCUUCAAGCACAACAACUUCUCCAGCUUCGUCCGACAGCUCAACACCUACGGGUUCAGGAAGGUGGUGCCGGACCGGUGGGAGUUCGCCAACGACUUGUUCCGGCGAGGGGAGAAGCGGCUGCUCUGCGAGAUACACCGCCGGAAGGUCACUCCGCCGACGUCCGCCGUCACGGUGUCUCCUGCCGCGGCGGCGAUCCCCAUGGCUCUGCCCGUGGCCACGGCGACGACAUCGCCGGUGCUCUCCGCCGAGGAGCAGGUGCUGUCGUCGAGCUCGUCCUCGGAGCGGGAGCUGCCCUCCGCCUUCCCGCCGCCGUCCUGCUCCGGCUCGGGCUCGGGCGUCGGCGGCGACCUGGGCGACGAGAACCAGCGGCUGCGGCGGGAGAACGCGCGCCUCGCGCGGGAGCUCGGACACAUGAAGAAGCUCUGCAACAACAUCUUCGCCCUCAUGUCCAAGUACGCCUCCGCGCCGCUCGACGCCCCCGCCCCCGCCUCCGCCGGAGGAGGGAACUGCUCCGGCGAGUCGCCCCUCCCGCCGCCUCCCCCUCCGACGCCGCCAUCGCUCGAGCUCCUGCUUUCUUCUUCGUCUCCGGGCCCGCCAGCCGACGCCGACGAGGAGAAGAAGAUGAGCGCGAUGCUGUUCGGCGUCUGCAUUGGGCGGAAGCGGAUGCGGAACGACGACGGCCACGGCGUCGGUGGAGCGGCGGAGGUGAAGCCGGAGCCGAUGGACGGGCGGCCGUCCCCGCCGCCGCCGCCGAUGGAGCCGCAAGGCUGGCCCGUGUACCGGCCCAGGCCCGUGUACCGGCAGCACCUCCUCCAUGCCUGCUGCAGCGACGGCCACGCCGGGUCCAACUCGAAGUGAGCCGGGCCUGGGCCCGGCCUUAGAACCCACUAAUCUAUUACUACUCCAGUUAAUUACCAAUAGCUAGAAACAGGUGCAAGUUGUAUGUUACUCGAAAUUUAUCUUCUCCAGAUUCCCCCUCUGUUCACAUUAGCAAGCCCAACAGGAAUCCAAUCAGUACAAGGAUGACUGAUGCCAACUGACAUGGAUGGCCUACUGAAUGUGAUUAGGCCGGGAUCCAAAUCUGUUCUUUUGGGUAUUUACUUUAGUUAUGAUUAUUAUGCCGGUAUCUCAGAUAA